UAUCGUCGACUGUUGGAUGGCUUUACAGCGGACCACGUGGACUGGCUUCCUUUUGGUGCCCACCCUGGUCGUGCGGUACCUAGAUCUUUGUAUCGGGGGGUGAUACGUAUCUAUGACGUGACUGAGGCCUACGAUCCCUCACGCACUCUCCGUCAGUUUGGGUAUAGACAGGUGAUCCCUGAUCCUCCUAUUCGACCAUCUCGUGUCAGUCGACCUGCUGUAGGGACCUAUAAGGUCGUUUUUGGGGCCGACCUCGAUCAGCUUUGGAGGUCUCGUGGUCAGCUGAUCAAUUUGGAUGCCUACUCUACACCUUUUGACGACACAGUAUCCGUUGACCCAGAGUACCUUAAGUGGUACACUUUGCGCACUCACACAUGCAUUGUCCCCCCAGAGAUGGUGAGCAGCAGGAGGUGGCGUUGUUGA